CUUUUUCAAAAUUUGAAAGCUAUGCAGGUGAGUUGUCAGCAGUGCUGGUCGGAAAAUUUUGUUGCUGUCUAUGUUCAGUUUUACUUAAGUGAAUUAUAUCUUUUAGAAUAAUAAUAGACAGCUCGAUAAAAUUGCGGAAAGGCGGGCAGCAGACACGAAAUACCCUAGGUUGUUUGGCUGUUCCCGAUCAACCUAUUACAGAAGGUUGAGGAAAAUAAAAGGACAGUUUAUAAAGAAGUGUCAGUUACCGAGCUGUGACGAAGAGACAGACAAUCCAGUUGUCGUCACAGAAUCGCGUACUAACGAUUUAUAUACCGACUCUUUUCCAUCCAGUAAUAUUGGUAUGUUUAAGUGUUCUACCUUAAGCCACGAAUGUACGUGGAUAACAGUAACAGACAUACUUUCAACAGGAACGUUUUCUCCUAUUGCGAGUUCAUAGACAGCUGACGUAUCAUCACCACCACUUCCACGUACGUCGACGGAAGUUGAUAAACCUUUGUGCGAUGAUACAAACAAAAUGUUAAGAACGCUCCUGAAAUCGGUCAGUGAGCUGUCUACGAAAAUAGACAAACUCAUAUUUUUGUGUCAACGCUCAGCCAUGGGUGUGAUCGAUAGGCGUACAGAGGAAAUGGAUAGUGAUGCUAUACAUUUCCCAUUAAGAACGCAUGAGGAGUUGCGUUCUUUAGAGGCAGCUUUAGAUAACAAAAAAUACCGAGAUCAUUUCGUGGCAAGGUUACGCAACCUAAUGUGUGACGAUACUCGGAAAUCAGCUAAAGCUUGUCUUCAAUACAUCCUGUCGCCGGAACUCGCGAACAUUUACACUUUGCACGGAACCAGAAGUAAAUUUGGUAUAAGUAAGUACAAAUUUUACUCGACGGUUCAAAGUGCUUUGUGUUCACAUUUCCGAAGUGCAAGCUGCCCGGAAAAAGAAAUAUUACACGCCAUGGCUACAGCAAGCCAGGCCUUCUUGCAUGACGCAAGAAAUAAAGUACAUAAACGUGGAUGGCGAUCCAAAGAAAGGCUGGCUUCGCAGGCUUUAUCAGACGUUACUGUAAGUUCUUUGUUCGCAUUAAUAAGAACAUUGUCAUACUAUUGAUACAUUACCAACCUUUCACAUAUCUCGACGCGUUAUUAUACACUAAAAAUGAUUUAUUUAUUUUUUAGAACAUUAUCAAUGACACUUCUACGUCGACGUAACGUGUUGCUGUUACAACGCAAUGAAAAACUUUGUAUAAAUGAUUCAUUUGUAAUUUUAUUAACUGUAAUAAACAUUUAUAUAAUUCAUAAA